AUGUCGUUCUCUACACGCGUUCUGCGCCUUCUGCUCGUCAGCAUCUUCUUCACAUUCGCUACUCACGUCCUUGCGCAAUCUGCUUCAGCGACAAGCCCAACUACCCCACCUGUUACCAGCAGCAGAGUUCCUCCCAGGGGCAACGGCACAUCCACAACUAGGCCUCCGUCAGUCUCGACUGAUGGCCCUCCUGAUGUUCUCCUACAGGUCCCAGAACUGCACGUUGGUCGAAUUGAGUUGGUGGUAGAGAAGCUGCAAGCCGAUCUAAAUCUCAACGCAAAGGUUGCAGGCCUCGUGCAAGUCAAUGCCGGUGUCCAAGUGGCAGUGGAGAAGGUCAACAUCACAAUCGCCGAUGUCGAUGUUAACCUUGAGCUCGUUGUCCGACUUGGAAACCUAGUCAACAUUGUCGAGCGUGUCUUUGAUUCUCUAGACCUCAACCCGCUCCUCAUCAGCUUGAUUGGCAACGUAACGGACUUGGUUGGCGAAGUCAUUGGCGCAGUAGACGGAUUGCUCGGCUCCAUUACCCAGAAUGGAAAGACACUAAACUUCCUGGUCGAUAAUCUUGGAAACAUUGUCCAGGAAGUCGUUGGAGCUGGUGGUGACGCCCUUUCGCAGAUUGUCGGUAACUUCAAGGUAAGCUCACCCACCAAGAAAGAUGUGGUGUCCAGAGGGCUAACCCACUCACAGUUGAACAUGACCGAGGUUGAAGGCAGUGUGAAGCAAGUUGGCCAAGGACUUACUCAGACCACCUACAAUUACGAUGCUCUUGGUUCGCUCGUGGAUAUCAUCACCAACACCGCGGGUCAAGUUGUUCAGGCUGUAGUACAGAAGCCGAAAGGUGGAAGUGGUGGCGGCGGAGGUGCUUCUUCCAGCAGUAUCCGUCCAUCUGGAUCUGCGACGCCGAUGCCAGUUACGCUCUCCGACAGAGCGCGCGCGACUACUGCGCCGUAG